AUGCCACGCUGGCUCCUCGCGAAGCCGCCCACGGGCGUCACCCCAGCCGCGGCGCUGCAGGAGCGGGCGGGUCGCUUCUUCGCGGGCGACUUCGAGUUGCUGUGGGACGCACACAAGAGGGCAACGGAGAGGGAGCGGGGCGAGGAGCUGGUCACGUUCAUCCAAGAUGCGGCGCGCAAGCGACGACUCGGGCAGGCCGUCCCGUCGGUCCCGCCCGGCGACCUGGCGCACGCCCAGCUGCGCCAGCUCCUCUGCGCCGACGUGACGACGGCGGAGCGCGCCACGAUGCUCCGCUGGCGGAGGGCGGCGGCCGGCUGCGUCGGCGCGGCGGUGUCGGCGGGCGUCAGGAAGUCGCGGCGGUGA